AUGGUGGCUGCGACGUACGAUACGCGUCCGCGGGAGGAACGCGACUAUAAAGAGAUAUAUCCUGAUCUUGAUGAAACACAGCGGUUGGGUGUGGUGGUGGUGGAAGACCCUCCAUCUCUGGACCUUCAGGUUGUCCAGGCACCGGCGUGGAUACCUACGACGAAACCUGUUUUUACUAGACGUGAACGGAAGGCGAGUGCUGUGACGCGUAUGUCGAAGACGCUUAUAGAGCAUGGGUUUCGGGCAUCGCACCGUGCUGGUGGUGUGAAGCCUUCAUAUAUUAGAGAGCAUACUGGAGAGGGCCAGGUGGGAAGACGCCAGGUUCGGUACGAUUUGGACGAGCAGGAUGAACUGUUUUUGGCCUGGCGUAAUGAACUUCUGCUGGCCAGAGUGACGCUUCUGCGUGAAGCGUUUGAGCUUGUGAUUACAGCGCUUGAAGAGGAAUGGCAUCGCUUAGAGGUCCGAAUGGGCGGAAUGGGCGGUGGAGAAUUGGAUGAAGAUGAAGGCGAGUUGGAUGAGAGUUUUGAAAAGUAUGGGAAUGACGAUGGAAUCGCUGGCGCUGGCCUGAUGCUGGAACAGCGUUGUGCGGUGUGUAACGACCUGGAGGGCCAUAACGGGAACGCUAUAGUGUUCUGUGAUGGCUGUAACAUUGCCGUGCACCAGGAAUGUUACGGUAUAGCAUUUAUCCCUGAAGGCCAAUGGUUCUGCCGAAGAUGUAUGCUUGUGAGGGGCCAUAGCGAUUGCAGUUUUUGUCCUUCUAGACUGGGCGCUUUUAAACAAUUGGAUAACGGGCUCUGGAGCCAUGUUGUGUGCGCUUUAUGGAUCCCUGAAGUUUACUUUGCCAAUCCAAUCUACAUGGAACCAAUUGAAGGCGUGGGUGCUGUCCCCAAGACCCGUUGGAAAUUGGUGUGUUACAUCUGCAAACAGAAGGUCGGCGCAUGUAUCCAGUGUACGAAUCGACUGUGUUUCCAGGCUUACCAUGUCACUUGUGCCAAAAGAGCUGGUCUCUAUAUGGCCAUGGAAAAGGGCGUUCACGGGGCACUUUCGCUGAAAGCUACACUUACGUCCUUCUGUCACCGUCAUUGUCCACCUGAAUGGAGCGCAGAGGCUGUUGUUGUGGGCAUAGCCAAAACUCGUCGCUUCUACCGUGAUAGACUUCUUGUUAGUGAGGAGAAGAACCGUUUGGCUUCACGUCGUCGCCAUGAAAAUAGUCUCAGCGCAUUCCGUUGGAGGACCGAACACAACACUCCAAUUGCACCCAAGUGCUUUGCUAAUAUGGUAUAUGACCUUUUGCUUGCUCUUAAGGUCGAUGAACCCGAAAGUCAGCUGGCUCUACUACGUGGUCUUGGUCAUGCCUCCAAUGUCCCUCGACUGGAGAUUCUCGCCGACCUCAGAACUGUCAGUGCUCAACUAUGUAAAUAUUGGUGCCUCAAGCGAGAAGCCAAACGUGGAGCACCAUUAGUCCGUCCUAGUGCCCAUAAGCUGAUGCUCGUUGCCCAAGCGGCGCAGAUUUACGACAGCGGCUCAGCCCAAGAGGCGCUUGCCGAACUUCAUGAAAAGAUUGACUUUGGCCAUACUUUGGUCGGCGACUUGGCGAAAAUUGCCGACUUGGCUAAACUUGCCCAACUGCGUCAAAAUUUGGCCCGCCAACAAGAACAAUUGAAGCUUUCAAUGUAUGAUUCUGCCUACUUCCCCUUAUGCUCAGUGGCUGCAAAGCACUUGACGUGGAUGUCUGAGAAACUCGACCCUACCAAGGUCUUGACGAAUUUCCGUCCUCGCCAUACGUCUGUUGGUUAUACGGAUAUUCUUCGUAAGCUCAGACGGUUCGAGUACAGCAACGUUGGUGACAUCACCAAUGAUUUGGAUGCCUUGCUUGGGGAGAUUAAAGCCGCAGGAGCCUUGGGCCGGGCAGCUGCAAAAUGGCUGGCGUAUUGGCAUAGUCGUCUCGGAGAAUUGAAAGCUGCCGAAGAAGCAGACAUUGCAAAGAUUCCGUUCGUGGCCGUGAACGGCAGUGAAUUGACCUUAAAGGAGCACGACGCUGGCGCUGUGCUCGCAGAAGAAGAAUUAAGUGAGGUCGAAGCUGAUCCUUUGGAGGAAACCAAUAAUAAAUCGUUGUUGAGGAAUUUCCUUGAUUCCAAGCGGUAA